UCUGCUCGCCGCUACCAGAAUCCGUCGAUCUGUUGCACGUCACAAUUGUUCCCAUCAUUAUCGACUCUAUCUGAUCGUCUAUUUGGUUACGAAUAAUAAAAAUUUGUCGCUCGCCUUCAGAUCAAAUGAUCGCGUCUCCUAGAUGACCUUCCCUCCCCCUCCUCCUUCCUCCCAAUCGUCGAUUGCUUCUGGCACCGAUAAGUCCUCUUCGACCAGACCGGCAAGGUCACAGCAAUCUCCCUGGGGUCCGUCCGUGUCCCAGUCCAGUGUUCGGCGUGGGUUGACUCCACUUGCGACCAACAACCUCACCUCCCUCUCCUCAGCUUCCCGAGGGCCACCACAGUCCAGCAGCCCUGGCCCAGGUGGUGCGACCUCCUCCCCUCUCACUUCCUCCUUCUCCGCCGUUCUGAGCUCCGCCAGGGGCCUCCCAGUUGGCCGCAACGUGCCCUCGCCGGCCUCCACCCCCUCUCCGUUCGCCUCCUUCCAAUCUGGCUCGCAACAGAACCAGCAACCCGGGCAGUCUCUCUCCUCGCCCAAAUUUAGAGCUCACACCCCGUCGUCAGGGUCACAUCUGGCUUCCGCAGCGGGUUCUGUCGCGGGUGGAGGAGGCUCCGGGGGAGGCGGAGGUGGGACGGGAUCUUCCAGAGGCGCCACCUUCUCUCCGUUGUUGUCCGGUACAACUGUGAAUUCACCUACGGGAUUUCCUUCUGACAAGCCGGGCUCCGCAGCUUCAGGUGCUGCAGCUCACGCCAGCCAGUCUUCAUUAACGAAGAUAUCCAUCGCCCAGGUCUUCCUUCUCCUGGAUUCCAUUACGGAGAAAGAGGGUAGAGAAAAGUGGGAGACCAAAGCCGCUCAGAUUCACAAGCUUGUUGCGUCCAACGGAAUGGAAGUCUUCUCUAAAUACUUUCGACGCUUGCUCACGGGCAAUGCCCCGCAGAUCUUCCCUGGAGUCAACAAGUCUGUGGAAAAUGCCGGCAACUACCCGCUCCUGGUUCAGGAGAUGCAGAAAAUAUCCCAGGAUAUAGAACAGGCCCAGAAGAUCGCAGAAACAGUGGACACCUCUGAAGGUGACAUCUUCCGUGAUUUUGAUCUCUCUACGUUCUUGGACCAUUUCAAGCUUGAUCCUCUGGUGAAAGUUGCCCUGGCCUUGGCCUUCAAGACCGCAAACAAGUCAGACUUGCGCGCUAAAGCUGAUGCCAUCAUUUCUAAUUCCAUAACCCCGUUUCUGCAAAGCCUUGCGACCCCAUCGGAUGUCACUAAGGAUUACAAGAAUUCUUUCAUUGGCAUGACCAUCGAGCGCUUCAUAUUGUACCCCCCUAGGAAUUUCACCGACGAUGUGAAAGGGAAAUUGGUUUAUGCAGCAAACUUGCGCUAUUCGAAAUUGGGAGUGGACAUGCCAUUUGAAAUUGCCUCUGCCCUGCAAAUGUUCAACUUUAUCAACCCGAGAUACACUCUUGUUCGCCAACUCCACUCACGAGGUCCGAAAGCAACGUCCAGCCCGGAUGCCGUCACUGAAACAAUCAAUGCGACCGGCUCUGAAUGCUGGAGUGAGGAGCAUAUUGCGAGUGCGCUGCUCUUCCUUGUCCUCUCGCAGUAUUGGCGCGAAUUCUCACUGGAGACUUUCCUCGGGGCUGUUCAGGCGCACUAUGGCGAAAAGAGAAUCAGUUGGCCCAUUAUCUUCCGCAACUUUGACCGCGAAGGCUUGAGGCUCGACGCUCGGCAAUUCGUCAAGUUGUACACGGUUCUACUGGCUGCGGCCACAGAUGACCCAAGCCUGGACGUGCAAAAGCUUUGGGGUGGAGAUUGGGAGCAUCGCGAUACGCAGAUGUCCUUCCUGGCAGCUUUUGUCUCUUCCAGAACAGAUGUAUCUCAGGUUCCUAAUCUUCGCGCUACCUUCCCUACCGACUUUUUCGCCGACGGUCCUGAGCUCGUUCGCUUGCAGGGCGACCGCGCAGCGAAGUCGCCUCUCCGCUCUUUGGACGCCAUCAGAGCUAUAUUCGAUCUAGCAUUGUUUUCUCAAGCGGCCUGGGCUGCUGCGGAGAGUCAGUCGCUGAUCAAAGCUGUUGUUCAGUAUGACCUGCCUGUUUUCCUCUGUUCAGCUCUAUCUCUCCCUCAGCCAUGGACCAGUGUCCAGCAGAACUUCGUUCUCCGGACCUUGAUAGUCUUCAUACUCAAGCAGGAGGAAGGCUACCACCUGGCGCUUCAUGGAGCGUGGCAUCAGGAUCGUCAGUGGGUAGCAGAGCAGCUUUUCACGACUUUCACUCAGGAUCCGACAUCAACUGCUGGAAUUUAUGAACACGCUGUUGAGUUCAACUGGCUGGAGUAUCUCCUUGGGUAUACCAAUGGCCUUGCUAUGGAUCUUGCCUGUUAUGCACACCGUAAGGGUCCGUUUGACUUGGGGCAAUGGGUUCGCAAUGCCGCCCAGAAAGGCCCCAUGGAUAUGGGAAGCCUUCUGUCGAAGUUUUUAAGGAUUAAGGCGGAAGAUGAGCUUCAUGUGCAGAGAAAAGAACAGCCUGCACCUCAGAUGGUUAGUCUCUCGGUCAAGACGGUCUAUUCACUACUGUCGGUGCUCGAGGAAUACGUCGGUGACCGCGAGAAUCUUACCCCCGUGCAACGCAUAUGCAUUCAGACCUACCCGCGACUCAUUAACUACGGGGAAGGCUUCGACGAUAUCAUAGAUGCUAAUGGCGAAAACGGCAAUGCGUUACCCGAGACCGUGGACAAGCAAAUGCAAGAGCUUUUCGGCAAGAUGUACCACGAGGAACUAUCGUUGAGGGAAAUCCUCGAAUUGAUGAGAAGGUACAAGUCAUCCCGCGAACCUGGUGAACAGGACCUGUUCGCUUGCAUGGUCCACGGCCUCAUCGAUGAAUACCAUUGUUAUCACGAGUAUCCCCUAGAGGCUUUGACCAAAACAGCUGUCAUGUUUGGUGGUAUCAUCAACUUCCGCCUUGUUGAUGGCAUCACCCUAAAGGUUGGCCUGGGUAUGAUCUUGGAGGCUGUGCGGGAUCAUGAAAUGCAUGAUCCCAUGUACAAGUUCGGUGUCGAAGCAAUUGAGCAGUUGAUCAAUCGCCUCCCAGAAUGGGCUGGCUUCUGUCAUUUGCUCCUGCAGAUUCCGACAUUGCAAGGCACCACGAUCUACCAGAAGGCCGAGGACGUCCUACGCGAGCAAGGAAGCCAAGUGAGAGACGAAGCUGGAAGAGUCGAGGCUAUCUCCGCCCCAGCUCUGAAUGGUACCGUUGAUGAAAUUGCACCUACCGAUGGAUCGACUCGUAAAUUCAUUUCCGUCCAUGUCGACUCACCAUUCCGACCAGAUGUCUAUAUCGACCCCGACGAAGAAGUCCAGGACAAAAUCCUAUUCGUGUUGAACAACGUUUCGGAGCAGAACAUCGACGAAAAGCUACGUGAUCUACUUGAUGUUCUCCGAGACCAACACCAUCAGUGGUUUGCUUCUUAUCUGGUGGAGGAGCGUGCGAAGCUGCAGCCAAACUUCCAGCAGCUAUAUCUCGAUCUUCUCGACCGCAUUAACGACAAGUUGUUAUGGAGCGAGGUCCUGAGGGAAACUUAUGCUAGCGUAUCCAAACUCAUCAACUCCGAGGCGACGAUCAAUUCUUCCACUGACCGUGGCCACUUAAAGAACCUCGGUGCAUGGCUUGGCUCAUUGACCAUCGCAAAGGACAAGCCAAUCAAACAUAAGAACGUUUAUUUCAAGGGACUUCUCUUGGAGGGCUUUGACAGCCAGCGCUUGACUAUCGUGAUUCCCUUCACUUGCAAAGUACUUGUUCAAGCUACGAAGUCUACUGUCUUCAAUCCUCCCAACCCAUGGCUGAUGGAUAUCCUUGCGUUGUUGAUGGAACUCUACCACUUCGCUGAGUUGAAGUUGAACCUGAAGUUCGAGAUAGAAGUCCUGUGCAAAGACCUUGACCUCGAUCACAAGAAUAUCGAGCCUUCCGUCAUUAUCCGAGACCGUUCUGCUCAUAUCGAGGAUGCGCUGUCUACGGCCAACAUUCCCGACGGUCUCGAAGCAUUUGAGGAUAUGGCUCUCACCAGUAUCAACCAAGGCAUCCGUCACGAACGGCUAUCCCCGGCUGCUAUCAUGUCGACACUCCCAAGCCUGGACAAGAUCCUUGUGCUCCCGUCGUCCGCGAGCAGCAUGGUCGACCCCAACGUUCUUCGGCAAAUAGUACACAGCGCCGUCGAACGGGCUAUUGCCGAGAUCAUUACACCGGUUGUGGAACGGUCUGUCACGAUUGCUUCCAUCUCCACCGUUCAAUUAGUUUCGAAAGAUUACGCGAUGGAGCCCGACGAGGAAAGAGUGCGACAUGCGGCUGGUACAAUGGUCAGGCAACUUGCUGGUAGCUUGGCGCUUGUGACCUGCAAAGAGCCCCUCAAAGUAAGCAUGACCAACUAUAUCCGGAUGAUACAGCAAGAGUACUCCGAUCAGCCGAUGCCUGAGGGUUUGAUCCUGAUGUGUGUCAACGAUAAUCUCGAUGCCGCUUGCGGUAUCGUCGAAAAGGCUGCGGAAGAAAAGUCUCUUCCGGAGAUCGAGAAAGUCAUUGAACCGCAACUAGAGGCUCGCCGGCGUCAUCGGGCGGCCCGGCCUAAUGAGCCAUUCAUCGAUCCGUCUAUGAACCGUUGGGGCCUUUUCAUUCCCGAGCCGUAUCGCCAAGCUGCAGGGGGUCUCAACAAAGAGCAAUUGGCCAUCUAUGAGGAAUUUGCUCGUCAGUCUCGAGGCCCGGCGGCUGCUCACGUUCAAAACGUCUCCACCGAUUCCGGUCGACAGCUUCCAGACGUCCUCCAGGAACCGUAUUCGCCUAUCCCUAACCUCUCUACACCGGCUGAGCAGCCCGCCGUCCCUCACAGGACACCGCAAGCGCAGCAAGACACUCGGUUACAGCAGACUGGACUUGUGGGCGCACAAACUCAGCUCAACGGAUUUCUCGAGGCCCAGAGCCCGCGGGAUAAGGUAGAAACUAUCAUAUCCGAGUUGCAGCAGGCGGCUCGAAGCGCCCCGGAAGAACGUGUGCGUGACCUUGGCAGAGAAAGCUCUGUUUUGCAGGAGUACAACCAAGCACUGCGCACUAUUCUUGCCUCUCCAAACGGCGAAGAACUCGCAAGACUGACUUGCUUGAGGAUAUGCACGACUCUGUACUCCCAGGCCCCGAGCACGUUGGAGAUUGAAGUGUUGGUACAUCUGCUCGCCAAAUUGUGUGACAUGUCGACCCUGGUUGCUCGCUACACCUGGGCCGUACUGUCUGAAGUUGAUGACGAACACAUGUUUAACGUGCCCGUUACGGUCGCACUCAUCGAUGCUGGCCUACUAGAUAUCCGGCGCGUGGAUAUGAUCUUGACCCGGCUUAUCCUUCAGAAGAACACUGCCGCUUUGGAGGUUCUUUCCAGCCUGAUGGACCGCGUUCUUUUCAGCGAAGAACCUUCCGCACUGAGGUCAGACUUCUCAGGCAGCCUUGAGGCCAUGAGCCAAUGGCUUGCCGAAGACUCGGAUGUUUCCGUCGCCAAUGACAUUAUCCGCAAACUACGUGAAUCUGGGAUUCCCGAGGUCGUCAACCCACUUCUCACUGACAAGGCCCGGUCUAAGCGGGACCAAAUGGAGUAUAUCUUCAGUGAAUGGAUUGGAAUUUACAAGGCCCCCGGUGCUAUUGACCGCACCUACUACUCCUUCCUGAAAGACCUACACCAGCGACAGGUCAUGGACAACCAGGAAGACUCGGCCCUCUUCUUCCGUCUCAGCAUUGAUAUCUCAGUUGCUAUGUUCGACCACGAGUCGCAGAACCCUAGUGGCAGUUUGGACGAGGCGUUCCUCUAUAUUGACGCCCUCGCCAAGCUGGUGGUUUUGCUAGUCAAAUUCCAAGGCGAAUCCACAGGAGCUGCAAAGACAAGCAAGGCCGCCUUCUUCAACUCUAUCCUGUCUUUGCUUGUGCUCGUCCUAAACCAUCAUCACGUCAUGAGGGGCGAGGCCUUCAACCAGCGCGUCUUCUUCAGACUAUUCUCCACCAUUCUCUGCGAAUACUCCAUGAAUGAGCUCCAGAAUAGCGACCAACAUCAGGACAUGAUGUUCGCCUUCGCAAACAAGUUCUUGUCUCUUCAGCCUAAGUACUGCCCGGGCUUUGUUUACGGAUGGCUCUCCUUGGUCUCUCACAGAUUCUUCAUGUCCGGCAUGCUGAAUAUGCCGGAGCGAGCGGGCUGGGGACCAUACUGCGAGAUCAUGCAGGCUCUGCUUUCGUACAUCGGCGAGCAGCUCAAGCCGGUCAACAUCAGUUACGUUGCCAAGGAUCUGUACAAGGGUGUGCUCCGUAUCUUGCUGAUCUUACACCAUGACUUCCCUGAGUUUGUGGCAGAGAACCACUUUCAGUUCUGCAAUGUCAUCCCCGCUCAUUGCGCCCAGCUUCGCAAUCUUGUUCUGAGCGCCUAUCCGUCAUCCUUCCACAAGCUUCCGGAUCCGUUCCGGGAGGGUCUCAAGGUCGAACGUCUCGAAGAGAUGCGCGAAGCCCCAAGAAUCGCCGGCGAUACCACUGGCCCGUUGAAUGAAGCCAACAUCAAGAGUGUCGUUGACGAUGCACUUCAAAGCAACAAUGCGUCGGAGGCAUUCGUUGAGCAAAUCUGCGAAGCAGUGUACAACCCUGUCACCAAGGACACUGGUCUUUUCUACACAGCGAUCAAUGUCAAUGUGGUGCUAUUGAACGCGCUUGUACUCUAUGUUGGACAAAACGCCGUCUCCGUGAACGCGUCCAAGGGCAACAUUCGCGCGGCCUUUGAUAACUCCCCUCACUCGGCCCUCUUGGAGAAGCUCGCAAAGGCUCUACAGCCGGAGGCGCGCUACUACCUGCUGAGUGCGAUGGCAAACCAGCUCAGAUACCCGAACAGCCACACGUACUUCUUCAGCUUCGCCAUCCUCCGUCUCUUCGGCGCCGAUCACACCGAGCAGGAUGAGUCCGAUAUCCGCCAGCAAAUCAUCCGAGUGCUUCUCGAACGGCUCAUUGUGCACCGCCCCCACCCCUGGGGACUCAUCAUCACCCUGCAGGAGCUGCUGCAGAACCGGAGCUACACCUUCUUCCGUCUCCCGUUCAUUCAGGCUGCGCCUGAGGUAAGUUUGCUCGCCUCCCCGGCUCUCUCCAGCGGUCGCUAACAUGGCUGCUCCAGAUCGGCCGUCUGUUCGAUGCUCUCCUGCAGCACAUCCAGCAGCAAAGCCCGCGGGCGAUGCCCUGAGCACUCGCCGGGAUAUACUCUCUACUACCUUCUCCAACUAUAUUAAUA